AUGAGUGGCUAUCGAAAAAAAUUUAGCGGUGCAGAAUAUCCUAAAAGAAAAACAGAAGAAUCUACGAAAAUAGAUAAUUUACUUAAACAAAUUCCAAAAAUAUCUGGUUUUAUGACAAGCUCAAAUCGUUUUAAUGCUGCUAGAACGAAGCUUCAAGAAUCUCAAGCUGAUUUAUCAUCCGUUGUUCAGAUCUAUAGUUCUCUGGCUUUAUUUCUUCAAGACAUGAGAGACAGACAAUUUUCUGAAUAUGAAGAAAAAGUCAAAGCACUAUCUGGAGUUCACGAUUAUGAUACUCGUCGCAAAAAAAAACCAGAAGAAUUCAGCCAGACGAGUCACGGGUAA